AUGUUAGGGACUGUGAAAAUGGAGGGGCAUGAAACCAGCGACUGGAACAGCUACUACGCCGACACUCAGGAGGCCUAUUCCUCGGUGCCCGUGAGCAACAUGAACUCGGGGCUGGGUUCCAUGAACACCAUGAACACCUAUAUGACCAUGAACACCAUGACGACGAGUGGCAACAUGACCUCCAGUUCCUUCAACAUGUCCUACGCCAACACGGGACUGGGGGCCGGGCUGAGCCCUGGCGCUGUGGCCGGCAUACAGGCGGGCACGGCGGGGCCGGUGAACGGCAUGCCGGCCGGCGUGGCCGCCAUGGGCACGGCCCUGAGCCCCGGCGGCAUCAAUGCCAUGUCUGCCCAGCCGGCCCCCAUGAACGGGCUGAGCCCCUAUGGCGGCAUGAACCCCUGCAUGAGCCCCAUGGCCUACACCCAGUCCAACCUCAGCAGGACGCGGGACGCCAAGACCUUCAAACGAAGCUACCCCCACGCCAAGCCGCCCUACUCCUACAUUUCCCUCAUCACCAUGGCCAUUCAGCAGGCGCCCAGCAAGAUGCUGACGCUGAGCGAGAUCUACCAGUGGAUCAUGGACCUUUUCCCCUACUACCGGCAGAAUCAGCAGCGCUGGCAAAACAGCAUCCGUCACUCGCUCUCUUUCAACGACUGCUUUGUAAAGGUGGCCCGGUCCCCCGACAAGCCCGGGAAGGGUUCCUACUGGACCCUGCAUCCCGACUCCGGCAAUAUGUUUGAAAACGGCUGCUAUCUCCGCCGGCAAAAACGCUUCAAGUGUGAGAAGCCGGCGAACAGCAAAGCUCCUCAGGAAGGCAGGAAAGAUCAGGCCGGGGCCUCCAGUUCCAGCUCCAACUCCCCACUGCACAGAGGCCACAAUAAAGCCUCACAGCUGGACACCGCCACCUCCCUCUCUGGCUCCAACCCAUCCACCAGUCCCCAGUCUAUGGACCACAGCGGAUCGAGCACGGAACUAAAGACUUCGGCCUCUGCCGCCUCCUCCACCAUCAGCUCCGUCCCCGCCUUGGCCUCCGUCCCGCACCCCCCUCACUCCUUAGCCCACGAACCCCAGCUCCACCUCAAGGGCGAUCCCCAUUAUUCCUUCAACCACCCCUUUUCCAUCAACAACCUCAUGUCCUCCUCGGAACAGCAACACAAGCUGGACUUCAAAGCCUACGAGCAGGCGCUGCAAUAUUCCUCCUACGGGGCCAGCAUCCCAAGCGGGCUGCCCCUGGGCAGCGCCUCCAUGGCGGGCCGGAGCAGCAUUGAGCCCUCGGCCUUAGAGCCUUCCUACUACCAAGGUGUGUAUUCCAGACCCGUGUUAAACACCUCCUAG